AUGGACAUUGUGCGCGCAUGCCCACCCCUACCGAAGGAUGCAACCUUCAACGAAAUCAUUGUUCCAACUACCGAAACUGUCCGUACCCUGCAUCUCCUGGACCUACUGGACUUCCUCCUGCACACCUUGGAUAAUAACAUCUACAAACCGAAUGUUAUCAACUUCUCGGCACAGACCAGUGCCAACCAAACCCAGAACAUGAUCAUGAGCAAGUUGGACAGACGGCGAAAGGGCGUUUUCGGGCCUCCGGUAGGAAAGCGGAUGAUCUGCUUUGUGGAUGACGUAAACAUGCCAGUCAGGGAGGUGUACGGUGCUCAGCCGCCAAUUGAACUGUUGAGACAGUGGCUUGAUCAGGGCAACUGCGCAUUCACCCCUGAAUUCAAACCACAAUCUGCUAAAUUAGUGGAGGCUACACUAACGGUAUACAAGGACGCGAUGCUCAACCUGCUACCAACUCCCGAAAAGUCUCAUUACCUCUUCAACUUGCGUGACUUUAGUCGUGUGAUUCAAGGUCUCCUUCUAAGCCGGAUGGAAUCUACCGGCGCCCCGAUAGCCCUGAAAAGGAUGUGGCUGCACGAGCUCUUCCGCGUUUACUACGAUCGACUCAUCGAUGACGCAGAUCGAAACUGGUUCUUUGAAAACACGAAGAAGGUCCUGGAAGCGCAUCUAGACAUCGACAUGAACACACUUUGCGGACAUCUUGCACAAGAAGGCCAACCUGUUACGGAAGAUGACCUUCGUUCGCUCAUGUUCUGUGACUUUGUGGAACCAAAAGGUAACCGCUUCUACAUAGAAGUACACAGCGUUGAGGCACUUGGCAAGGUUGUCGAGGGCUUCCUCGAUGAGUUCAACUCAAUGAGUAAGAAGCCGAUGAACCUGGUGCUCUUCCGAUUCGCCAUCGAGCAUGUCUGCCGCAUAGCUCGAAUUCUGAAGACCCCUCAAUCCCACGCCCUCCUAGUUGGUGUUGGCGGUUCAGGACGACAGUCACUGACGCGUCUGGCCACUCAUAUUAGUGACUAUGACCUAUUCCAGGUUGAGCUCGCAAAGACCUAUGGUGUCAACGAAUGGAAGGAAGACUUGAAGCGUAUUUUGCGCAAAGUGGCCGAGUCGGAUAACCACGGCGUCUUCCUGUUCACUGACACGCAAGUGAAACAGGAGAGUUUCGUCGAGGACCUGAACAAUCUGCUGAACGCCGGCGAGGUGCCAAAUCUGUUCCCGGCUGAUGAGAAACAGGACAUUUGCGAGAAGAUGAGGGCUAUUGACAGACAGCGUGACAGAAGCAAACAGACAGACGGCUCCCCGGUGGCACUCUUCAAUCUCUUUAUUCAGCGCACUCGCGAACAACUGCACGUCGUGCUGGCCUUCAGCCCGAUUGGUGGCGCCUUCCGAGUUCGUCUGAGGAUGUUCCCUUCGCUGGUUAACUGCUGCACCAUUGAUUGGUUCCAGCCCUGGCCAGAGGAUGCCCUGACGGCCGUAGCAACUCGUGCCCUGGGUCAGGUUGAACUGGCAAAUGAUGUGCGCAGCGGCUGCAUCGACCUCUGCAAGUACUUCCACACCAGCACCCAGAAAUUGGCGUUGCGCUACAAGGUGGAGCUCGGUCGGUUCAACUACGUCACGCCAACUUCCUACCUGGAACUUAUCUCCACCUUCAUUGCGCUGUUGGCCAGCAAGCGAUUGUAUGUGACCCCCUGUUUUGGGCUCCUUUUAAAGCCAUUCAUACUUCUAUAG